AUGUCGGUCCGCAAACGAAACGAAUACUUGGAGGGCGACGAGAGCGAUGAUGAAAUUGGAAAUGGCUACGACUCGGAAGCAGAAGAGGGCCGUGGCGCAAUAGCGAACAAGCGGCGCAAACUCGACCGCGAACAAGACGAUCCAUCAGACAUUUCCUCCGACGAGGCAGAACCUCCCGCACAAGCCACGAAAACAGCGCCGACCGACUCGCGAUUCGACGUCUCCCAAUUCCUCGCCGAAGAUGAACACCCUACAUCACAAAUCUCCGACAAACCCCCAAAGAAGAAAUCCAAAGACCUCAAAGCCUACGAAGCAGCGCACAAGAAAGCAAAAAAGAGCGGCGUCGUCUACAUCUCCCGCGUUCCACCCUUCAUGAAACCCCAAACUCUCAAACACUUCCUCGAACCGCACGCACCUCACGGUCUGGGCCGAAUUUUCCUGACGCCCGAAGACCACACACAACACACGCAACGGGUAAAAAAUGGAGGCAACAAGAAAAAAUCCUUCACAGACGGCUGGGUGGAAUUCACGAGUAAAAAAGAAGCCAAACUCGCAGCGGAACAACUGAAUGGAAAUAUUAUUGGGGGCAAAAAGGGAGGGUUUUAUCAUGAUGAUUUGUGGAAUAUGAAGUAUUUGAGGGGGUUCAAGUGGGAGCAUUUGACAGAGCAAAUUAAUAAUGAGAAUGCAGAGCGGGCGGCGAGGAUUCGAGAGGAGGUGAGGAGGACGAGGAAGGAGAAUCGACAGUUUGUGGAAGACGUGGAGAGGGGGAAGAUGUUGGCGGGGAUGGAGAGGAAGGAAAAGGAGAAG